UGUCUGUGCUGUCAUUUCUCUGAUAAGAAGUUGAUAAUGUUAUCGGAGUCUUAUAUAAACAUUGAAAAACAACAUUCGUUGGUUACACAUAAAGUGUAUUUCGCAUUUGCAUAGCAAAUAUUUAUAAUUAUUUAUAGGAAUAAGUUAAAAAAAUGAAGUUUUGUGCAAAUCUUUCAUUUAUGUUUACGGAGACGUCUAGUAUUUUAGAGAGAUACGCUUUAGCUAAAGAAGCCGGUUUCAAAGCUGUGGAAACCGGGUUUCCUUUUGGUAAUACAUUAGAACAAGUAAAACAAGCGAAAGAACAAGCUGGUAUCGAACAAGUUUUAAUCAACUUAAAAACGGGAGAUGUAACGAAGGGCCAAUUAGGAGUCACUGCAGUACCCGGAAAAGAAAAUGAGUUUAAAGAGAACUUGAACACUACGAUUGAGUAUGCUAAAGCCGUUGGUGCCAAGAAGGUGCAUAUCAUGGCUGGCAAAUUAGAAAAUGUGUGCUCAAAGAAUUGGGAGACUUAUGAAGACAACCUCAAAUAUGCUGCAAAUAUCUUAAAGACAGAGGGAUUGAUGGGUGUCAUCGAACCAAUAAAUAGUCAUUCAGUUCCUAAUUAUUUCUUAAAUGAUUUUAACAAAGCGGUGGAUAUUAUCAAAAGCAUAGACAGUGAACAUUUGAAGCUCCAGCUAGACAUUUUUCAUUUACAACAUAUUUGUGGAGAUCUUUCAUAUAACAUCAAAAAUCUUAUGCCUUAUGUCGGACAUGUUCAGAUCGCUCAAGUACCAAGUCGAAAUGAGCCUAAUUCUGACGGGGAAGUUAACUACAAGUAUAUAUUGAAUCAUUUAGAAAAAAGUGGCUACUCGGAUUGGAUUGGCCUAGAGUAUAAACCUGCUGGGGACACUAAAGCUGGACUUAAAUGGAUCAAGGAGUUUGGAUAUACUUUGUAAUCCGUCAUAAAUCAUAAUCUGAGCAAAUUAAAUUGUGGAAAGGAAUAAAUGACUGUGCCUUAUAUAA